AUGCUCGGCCGCGCCUGGCCGCCUUCGCAUCGCGCACGCGCCGUACUCGCCUCUGCGCCCGCUCGCCGGCCUCUCCGCACGCCGGCCUCGGACCGGCUCCUCGGCACCGCGCCGGGUCCUCGGCGCCACGUCCCCCGCCCCGCGGUCGCGUGCCCCGCUGCUGCUGGCUCCGCCCCGCGGCCGCGUGCCCCGCGCCGGCCGGCUUUACCCACCUCCACCAACCGGAGCCGGCUGCCGCCCGUCGCCGCUCUCACUACAGGGGCCUCGCGCCCCGCUCCGCCUGGCCGCGUCGCCCUCGCCAGGCCGGCUUCCCCGCGUCGGGUCCUCCUCGCCUUGCCGCCUGGCCGGGUCGCCGCCUCCCGCUGGCCCUGUCUGGCUCCGCCCGUCGCCGCCUCCCCCAACCACGCUGCCGCGUCGCCCGCUGCGCCGGCUGCGGCUCCCUGCCGCCUCCUCCGCCCGACGUCCGACCGCCGUGCGUUCCCGGGUCCUCUGUCGCCGCUCCACCAACUGCGCGGGCCGGCUCCGCCUCCCGCCCGCAGGCUGGGUCAGCUCGCCGUUCGCCGGCUCCGCCCACGCGCUCGGCCAUGGCGCCGGCUUCUCUGUGUCCCGCGCCGGCUUUGGGUGGCCGCCCCGCGCGCAGCCGCGUCCCGCCUCAGAGCGGCUCCUUCCGGGCUUGCCGGCUUCCGCUCACCCAGCCGCUGCCGUGCCUCCGGCCGACUCCGCCUUGCCGCCGCGCCCGGCCGACUCCUGCAGCACCCGGCCGCCGGGUCACUGGCGCCCCCGCCUCCGGCUUUGUCCCUCUCCGGCCUACGUCGCUCCUUGCCGGCUCCCCCAGCUCGGCCGGCUCCCGAGCAUCGCCACUUCCGCGCCGGCUCCGCCCCUGCCGAGAUGCCUCGCCCGCCCACCGGCUUCCGCGGGCCGGCUUCACCUCGCCUCGGCCGCCUUCCCGCCGACCCGGCCCCCGUCCCGGACUGCCUCCUCGCGGCCGUGCCGGCUUCCAGCGCCCCCGUGCACCCGGCCCGGGCCGGCUCGCCGCCCCUUCCGCACCCUACGCAGGCCAGCUCCUCCGUCCCGGCCACCCCCAACCUCGCGCCUCCGCCUGGCCUGUCGGCUGGCCGCCCACGCCUCGUCGGCUCGUGCCCCUGCCGCGGCCGCGCGCUGGCUCUGGCGGAUCCGCCCCUGGCCACGCCGGCUGCGCCGGCUACCCUGCCUCCCAGCCUGCCCGCUGCGACCAGCGCAUCCUGUGGCCAGCUGCUCCUGAACAAAAAGAAAGAGAGAAGUCAGGGGCCGGCUGCCCAGGCCGGCUGA